GCUGUAUGCCAACUGGAUUAAGGGAAAGACCAUUGGGGAAAGACCUGCCAUGUCCCACGAAACAUACUUACAGAUUGAGUAAAUCUACUGUUGUGUUGACGUAGCUCAUCUAAAAGUAUUGACGCACAAAGCUGGAUUCAAGAUGGCGUUGCACCUGCUACUACAGGUUUAGAUUAUUCAAACGGAAUCAAAAUAUUGCCCUAGUUAAGGGCACAAGCUGAAAGUACGGGUUAGCCUACUGCUGGUCCGGUUUUUAACUAAAUCUCGAGACGGCGACGCUGUCCAGCUGUGAGACAAAUGUCAGAGGAGCUGUCAACAUCGGACAGCGAAGCUGCCGUGGUUGGUCAUGGAGAACGAUGGGCUCCGGUUGGAGCUGUGGCCAACCCGGAGGAUGAACGAGGGAAACGGGACUUGCUGGAGCCCAAAAGGUUAGGCUCGCUGUCGGCCAGCGAAGCUGAGAUGGCUGCCAGGCUGCGGAAACUGGAAGAGGAGCGAGAACUGUCGAAUUCAUCGCUUCUCGCCCUAACAUCACAUUUUGCACAGGUGCAGUUUCGACUGAAACAGAUCGUUCAUGCACAGAGCGAUGAGAAGGAGAGAAUGCUCAUGGAUCUCGAGGAGUUCGCUUUCAAAGGCUGUCCGCAUGUUGUUGGCUGUCGGGCGAAGGAUGCGCAACUGCUGGAGAACUCGGAGGAACUCAGUGAGCGGGAGAAGAGAGAGCGCUUAGAGGCCCAGAGAGAGAAGCAGAAGGAACUGAUAGUGCAACUGAAGACCCAACUGGACGACCUGGAGCGCUUUGCCUACCAGGAAGGCAGCUAUGAUUCCCUGCCUCAGUCUGUGGUGAUGGAGAAGCAAAGGGUGAUCAUUGAUGAGCUGAUUAAAAAACUGGACGUGAAUCUCAAUGAGGACAUUGGGCAGCUGAGUCCAGAGGAGCUGAGGCAGAGAGUAGACGCUGCCAUCGCCCAGAUCGUCAACCCGGCCCGGGUCAAAGAGCAGCUGGUGGACCAGCUCAAGACCCAGAUCCGAGAUCUGGAGAUGUUCAUCAACUUCAUCCAAGAUGAGGUGGGAAAUCCUUUACUCUCUGAUGGUCAGCACAGCCAGCAGGCUGGGACGUCCCAACCCAACUCCAGAGGCCCAGGGGGGAGAAAGAAAGUGGACCCCGAGCAGGCCCAGAGGAUGCGUGAAACUGGCCUGCAGCUGAUCCAGCGUGCCUUGGCCGUCCUGCAGAUCUUUGCCGUGAGCCAGUUUGGCUGCGCAGCGGGCCACGUGCCCCAGACCCUGUGGUCGCAGGGCAGUGAGGCCAGCCACCCUGACUACGGCCCCCUGCUGCAGCGUCUGGAGGCGGCCGUGGAGAGUGUGCGCAUCCAGGCGGCCGGCCGCCAGUCGGUCUCCCAAGAGGAGCAGCACAUGGUCAGCUACACAGUGUGCCUGUCGCCCGGCGGGCCGCGUGACGAGCUGACCACUGCCGUGCGCAAGGACCUGGCCAUGGCCCUACGUGACCUGCUGGCCCACGGCCUAUAUGCGCCCUCGCAGGGCAUGAGCCUGGUGCUGGCGCCCAUCGCCUGCUUGCUCCCCUACGGACCCGGUCAGGCCAAGAACAUGCACCCGUGGGAGCUCUUCGUCAAGUACUACCACUCCAAGGACGGCCCAGCGUUUGUGGAGUCGCCGGCGCGCCAGCUCUCGCAGUCCUUCAGCCUGCCCGUGGGCGGCGGAGGAGGUGCCGGGGCGGGCGGCGGGGGUCCGGUGACGGUGACGCCCAAGCAGUCGCUGCUGUGGGCCGUGCACUCGGUGCUGCACGAACACAGCCGCUACAAGCGUGGCGCCGACUCCGAGUUCAAGGCGCUGGUGUGCGUGGCGCUCAACGAGCGCCGUCUGGUCUCCUGGCUCAACCUGCUCUGCAAGUCGGGCGCGCUGGUGGGGCCACACUACCAGCCAUGGAGCUACAUGGCCCAGACCGGCUUCGAGGGCGCCCUGCGCAUCCUCGGCCGCCUCAGCCACCUCAAGUUCAGCCUGCCCGUCGAUCUGGCCGUGAGGCAGCUCAAGAACAUCAAGGACGCCUUCUGAAGUUGGAGGAGAUAUAGGGGAGACGACGGAGCCUCUUUCAGCUUUCUUGUCCUUCUCUCCCACUCUCUCUUCACUCUUUCUCUCUGUCUCUCCCUCUUUAUCUCUAUCGCUGUCUCCUUGUAGUUCUCCGUUUGCCUUGCUGUCCUUUCCACCAGUGUGCUCCUGUGUUAUUCCAACUGAAGAAAUGAUGAAGAAAAGAAUGAGUGAAGGCAGAGGUGAAGAAGAGAGGCCUAUAUGGAGACCACAGGCGAUAGGCCUUCACUGUUGGUCCAUUCAAACUAACGAGAGAAGUGGGAGUCAUAAAUAUGCUGCAUUGCUAUUCCCUAGCAGGGACAUUUGUUAUGAUAAAGCUUGUGUUAUCUAAUGUUACCUGCAGAAAAAUCAAACAUCCUUAAAAUGCUGGAAAGUUGUUACUUCUCUGUUUUUGCAGUGAUAUCUGCAUGAGUGCCCUGCAGAGCAGUCCAGACAAAUCGAAGUUACCAACACUAAGAUGCUUGAAUAAGUUGUCAGUGAUGUCCAUCAUGAAUUCAUGUGUGUAGUACUUUAUGUCCGAUAAACUGCUACUAUUAAUGGAGAGCAUAUCAAGAUCAUUAUCAGAUGAGGCUUUAUUAUGCAGUUUUGGGGUGUUGAAACUUUUUGCUGCAUGCCAUUGACAAUGAUUUGAAUGUGAUUGCCAAUUUUUAUCCUUCUCCUCAUGGAGAUUCCAUAUCAGUCAGCUAUCAACUAUACAGUGUGUGGUCUUCAUACAGUAGAUAACGCAAAAUACUCUCAAGGUUAGUCUCUUGACACUGUUACAUUGUUAAUCUUAUGUGUUUCUUGUAUUUAUACAGGAUUUCUGUCAGCUUUAGUCUAUGAGUGGUCUCACCAGGGCGACUACUCAAGAAUGCUGUUUGAGUGCCUAUUAGAAAGAAAAGAGCAGAGGAAACAUCCUGAUAAACCAGGACUGUCCACACAGAAACAUUAAAUGACGUUGUAUCAGAUGUUAAAAGUCAUUGUUCACGCGGCAAGUGAUGGCAGCUGUCACCCAAGACAUGGCAUUUUACUGUCUCGUCAAAUUGUCCCUGUGGAGAUCAAACUGCAGGUAUUAUUAGUUGCCAGACAGUAAGGGACCAAGUCAACAUGUUUCCUAGUGCUCAGUCCUUUGUCCCCUGAAUGUAGAAAAAAAGGAGGAAAAGACCUGCUGCAAACGCUACACCAUUAUUUUCAACUAUUUCCAAUUACUUACAUCAUGUUGUUAAUAUAUGUCAAUUUGAAAUUGCUGGAUUUCUUCAUUUUUGUAAGCAGUUGAUGUCAUAUCCUCAACCAAAGUUGAGGAAACCAUUUUGAAACCUCAGUGGCUUUUAGUGAUCAAAAGGCCUGCUUGAAUCCUCCCUCAAGUGUCAAUCUGCUGCUUAUGACCUUUUAAAGAAAGAGGCCAUUUUAGUUCAUAUGAAAAGAUAAAACUAUAUUUGUAUAAUCUAUGCUUAAGCUUCCAUUUUAUCAAAGGGGAAUGCUUUGUGGAACGUUUCAAGGUGACAUUGUUCUCUUUUGUUUAAUGAAGAGUGAUAUGUUCUGUAAUCUUUACACAUGCAAAAUAUGGUUGUCAAAGUGGAUGCACACAUAUCCUGAAGUUCUGAAUGUACCAAAUUAUUUAUUCCCAAUCUAAUCAGGUAUAUUUGAUUUAUCUAUGUAGCAAAUUAGUCAUAUCUAUAGUUAACCCUUUAAUGAUAUUCAUUUACUGUAUUUGUUCAAGUCAUUUGUGUAGGUUCCUGAAAUUAUGUGUUUGUCCUGCAUGUUUGUUUUGUAUUAUUUAUUUAUUUCUAUCAAUCAGCGAAUCACUUUAGAAGUUAUUUUGGGAAACUUAAAUAUAUGUUUACCUGACAGUAAUUCAGUUACACACUUAUCUCAGAGCAAGAUCUGUAGUGACUAUGUGAUUAUAUUGUUAAUUAUUUCUCAUUUGUGUUCUUAAUGAAUUUAGUGUUUAAUAGCACUCCUCUUAUACACAUUGUGCACAUGAUCUGCUGUUACACUUCAGUGUAAAAUCUUAUUUUUACCCAUGUAAGAGAGACCAAAUAAACCCACCAGGAACGUG